AUGGCAGCUCUCUCUUUCCAUGCUAGGUCCAACAGUUUGCCUAUAGAGUCCCACCCUCUGGUUUCAGAGAUCGAUGAGCAAGUCUGCAGGUUGAGACAAUCUCAAGCUGCUUCUACCUCAUCAUCUUCCAUUUCCCACAAGCUGAGUGGCCUUCAGGAUUUGUAUGAUUGUGUUGACAAGUUGCUGCAGCUGUCAACAACCCAACAAGCCUUAGCCAAUGACCAGAAAUGCUUCAAUGAGUUGUUGGAUGGAUCUUUGAGGCUCUUGGACUUGUGCAACACAGCCAAGGAUGCCUUGUCACAGAUGAAAGAGGCGGUGGCUGAACUUCAAUCCGCUAUCCGUAGAAGGCAAAAUGAUUUGGAAGGAGAAACCAGAAGAUACCUGAAGUCUAGAAACAUUGUGAAGAAAGCAAUUCAGAAGGCCUUGAAGGGUAUGGAUAGCAAGAAAUCCGCUUUAUCCAGUGACAACGAGACGAUCAACAUGUUAAAGGAAGCUGAAUCAAUUGCUGUCGAGGUUUUGAGGUGCUUGUUGUCAUUCAUUUCUCAGUCAAGCUCCAAGCCAAGCAGCUGGCCGUUAGUUUCCAAGCUGAUGACAAACCAGAAAGGAGUUUGUGGAGGAGCGAAUGAGUUUGCAGAUGUGGAUGCCUCACUUAAGAUGCACAAAUCUUCGGACGAAGUUCGAGCUCAGCUGAAAAGCUUGGAACUUUGCAUUGAGGAUCUUGAAGAGGGAGUUGAGUGCUUGUUUAGGCAUCUCAUCAAAACAAGAGCUUUCAUUCUGAAUGCUCAUAAUAUGUGA